AUGAAGCCUCUCAUUCCUGUGCAUCUCAAGCUUGAACACAGAGACCCUGACAGCAUUACAAGGGAUAUUAUUGAUGAGAAUGGAACUGUCAUCCGUCAAGAGACACUUGUUCCGAUCCGUGAUGAAGAAGGGAAAAUCACGGGUUAUAAGCAGGAGAAGCAGGAGACAAAAGACGAGCCUGAGGAAGAGUACGAGGAAAGCUUUGAUCUCGACUGGGACACAGUUGGGAUCAGCAAAAGUGAUAUGCAUGCGGAGCAGGAGUGUGAGAGACAAGGGGUAGAGAAGGAGAAUGCAAUUCGGGAAGAGUUCUUCAGGAGGAAGAAUGAGCUCGAGGAAGAGGUUGCUUGGGAAAGGCAGAGUUUCCUUAGCUGGCGAAGUUGCAUGACUUUUCAAAGUGAAAUUCUUUUGGACCUAAACAUGAUGAGUUGA